AUGGCAUCACAGCAGCAGCAGAACAGGGAGGAGCUGGACGCGAGGGCGAGGCGCGGCGAGACGGUGGUCCCCGGCGGGACGGGCGGGAAGAGCCUGGAAGCCCAGGAGCAUCUGGCGGAAGGGAGGAGCAAAGGAGGGCAGACGAGGAAGGACCAGCUGGGGACGGAAGGGUACCAGGAGAUGGGCCGGAAAGGUGGGCUCAGCACCACCGAGGAGUCCGGCGGGGAGCGGGCCCAGAAGGAAGGGAUUCCGCUCGACGAGUCCAAGUACAAGACCAAUACCUAG